AGCCGCUUCCUGGUCCCCGCUCACGCCCGCGCCCCCUCCCCCCCGGGCGCGGCGGGCGGCCCCCGCCCCCCCGCGGGGACGAUGGCGGCCUUCCAGCCCCUCCGGACGACGGAGCCGCAGGAUGACAUCGAGUAUUGUGAGGGCUCCGACUUCGAGGACGCGGAUGCGGAGGUGUUCUCGGAGAGGUUCGCGCCCUCGGAGCGCAUACGACGCUCCAUCCGAGAGAUGCACCCGCAGUCCCAUCAGAGGCGAUGGGACAUGUCCGUGCCUCGCGGGCCCGUCGCCAAGUGGGGCGGGCUGCUGGUGCUGGCGGCCGUCGGCACGGCCGCAGUAGGCGGGCGCAGUCUGGUUACGGGCGCCAAGGUUAGAUUCAAGACCGCGGCGACGAGAGACGCGGUGAUGGAGAACGAGCCCAUGGUGGCGCAGACACAGCAGCAGCAGGGGGCCGUCGCUCAGCACGGUUGCCACUGCCAGUGCCACAACUGCGGUUCGUGCAAUUGCCACCACCGCGGCUCCGUGUCCGUGAACAAGUCCGUCACGGUGGUUGUGAAUACGUGUUCCACCGUCAACUGCCCAGAGUUGUCUGACGGCUACACUGCGAGGUUCGACGCGGCAAGCCUCAAGUGCAAGAGCAAAGAGUGCGGCGAGCAGGACCUCGAUACGUGCUGCGUCCGCAGGCAGACCUGCGCCCACCUGACGUGCCCCGCCGAGUACGUCCCAGAUGCGGAUGCGGCUGAUCUCCUCUGCGCUGAUGCGAAUUGCACCGUGCAGAGCGACGUUCACCUCUGCUGCAAGAAGCGCGCCACCUGCGGCUUAGACAUGAAGUGCCCCGACAAGUACGAACCGAAGGCCAACGCCGGCGGCACUCUCUGCGAAAAGAGCUUCUGCAGCGUCGAGGAGGACCUCCUCAUCUGCUGUCAGGAGGCCUAUCAGCCCGCGAAGGCGUCGUGCGCAACCUACACCUGCCCCAGCUACAUGUACCAGAGAAGCGGGGCGGACAAGCUGGAGUGCGCGGGGACGCCGUGCACCAGCCACGACGACGAUACCUGUUGCGAGAAGGCGGGCAAGUGCACAGACUUCACAUGCCCCAGCGACUACGUCCUCAAGGCCGGAUCCUCGUCCCGCUUCUGCAGGUCCAGCGUCUGCGGCCAGGAGGACGUCGACCAGUGCUGCCACGCGAAGGUGACGACGUCCCCGAAGCCGCGGGUGCCCUGCAACACCAUGACCUGCCCGUCGGGCACCGUGAAGGUGCCAGACGCCGACAACGAGCUCUGCGAGAGCGACCCGUGCACUUCGGUGGACGCCAAGGUGUGCUGCAAGGCGCCGCCAGAGCCCAUCCCGCAGGACUGCACCGAGAUGACCUGCCCCAAGGGAACGGUCUUGAAGGCCGACGCUGGCAUGCGCUCGUGCCACGCCGCGAAGUGCAGCGAUGAGGACGCCAGCACCUGCUGCGAGGCCGAGCAAAAGCCGACGGUCAAACCCAGGCAGAUGGACUGCUCUGAGUACUUGUGCGAGCAGGGCUCUACGAACGUCCAUGACAUGGGCAGGACCGUGAUGUGCUCCAUGGCGGGGUGCGAUCAGGAGACUUGCUGCCUCAGUGAGGCACAGGUCACCAUCGAGAAGGAGAAGGUUAUUACGGUCGACAAGGAAACAGUGACCAGCGUCGAUGUGUCAUCCGAGCCCAUGGUCUGCAACCUAAAUUGCUAUACGGAUGUGGGUGCCACGGACAUUGAGAUCACGUCGGAGCCAGGUCAGCCAGAAGCUACCGCGAGUCUUGAAGCUUGCCGGCAGGCGUGCAUGUACUCUAGCGAGUGCCAGGGUAUUACCUACAAGAAGGGCUGGACAGAGGGACAGGGUGAGUGUUUGGGAAAGAAGGCGAUUCACACCGCCAAGUGCGUUCCGGGAGGGGAGUACAACACGGAGAUUCUGAGGGAGCACGUGAUGGGGAAGUGCGCGCUGCUAGGGGACCCCCACCUCGUUCAGUUCGACAGGCCCUAUGGGGAGACGGUCAACGUCUACAGCACUGGGGACUAUCGCCUGAUCGACUCCAGCGUCCUGCAGGUGGACGGAAGGUUCGACUUCACGAAACGAUUUCCGACGGCUUCCUCCUGCAAAGGCAUAGCCAUGACCGGCUCGAUUCUCCAAGGCGGCACUCUGAUCGCGAUGUACACUGGGCCUGACGAGUGGCAAGCCGGCUACAAGGUCUGGUGGAAGGGCCAGCAGAUCGUCGCAGACUACCCCUCGGAGUUCUCGGACGACGUCCUGAUGGCGAGGUUUGCCGACAUGGACCCUAGCGACUACCACACCGAUGCUCGGCACACCAUCGGAGGUACGUCAGGGAGGCUGCCAUCGUUUUCGUUCGAAUUCAAACAGUUUAAGAUGAACAUUUACAUGCUUUUGGGUCCUGAUAACGUUAACCUUGUCAUCGAGAUGGAGCGGCUUUCGGUUGCAAUGGAUGGUGCCUGUGGGAACUUCAACUGUGUCGAAAACGACGACUUCAUCGGAAAGCUGAACGAGAGAGGCUUCGGGGUGGCCCUGAAUGCACAGCAAAGCAUCUUCAGCAAGCAGGCGGAUGUGCAGGCUGUCGCGGUGGUGCAGGCGACCAUCCCUGACGACCUGCUCCAGUCGUGCGACCAGGGCCUGCUGGAGCAGGGCCGCGCUGCCUGCAGCAAGCACCUGUCGGAGAACGAGCAGACCGCGUGCCUGAUAGACGUCUGCGAGGCCAAGUCUCUGUCCGUUGCGGCCCUGGACGACGCCCUGGGCAACGUGGAGCAGCAGGUGCAGGUGCACCUGGAGGGGCAGGAGUCGGUCCAGUUCACUGCAGAGAAAACGGUCGACGUCAGCGUCAGCUCACAGAAGACGGUCGAUGUCACCACCCACCGGUAACGGUUGCGCGAUGCAGUGGACGCCUUGGGAAUAUUGCUUUUCCUAGCGACGCCACUACAGACAAUGUAGGGAUUUCUCCUCCUUCCUCACUCCCCUUCCUCACUCUUUUCUUCCUUUCUCCCUACCUCCAUGACUGCCGGAGUGACUUAGGCCACGUCAGGUGCGAAGCCGCAGCUUCUUUGCCAACCGAUGUAUUUUACCAGAAGGAGAAGGAGGGGUUCAACGCAGAGACAGUAGGAUCUCUUCCUGGCCAUGCGUGGUGCCAGACGGGACAAAGUAUGCCCGGUGCGUCGCGCUGACGACCCUGCCCUGUCUUCGCGGCUUCAAGCGGGCUGGCGUCUUGGUGCUUCUGGCGCCUGGGGGGAGGGUCGGGGAGGCAAAUGCUGGACGGCCAUUUCUCAGCGCCCGCCGCGAGGGUCGACGCCUGGCGUGGCGGAGCCGCCGUCUCGGCCCGUCCGCCCGCUGGCAGUCGCACCUGCCCACCUCCCGGCCCCUCUUGUGGAUCCCCACAUGCUAUUGUAGGCGAUCCGUCAUGGGCCCCCCUCGUUGCACGCAGCAGUCAAGCUGUCGUGCAGCAUACCGUUGGAGGACCGCCGAGGACCACCUUGGAGCGCCCGAGGACGCGGUUGGCUCCGGCCAGCCCUUCCGGGCGCUCGCGCGCGGGCCAAGCCCGCGGCGCCCACGGGCUCUCGCGAGAGGGGGUGCGCCUUCGCUGGGCCGACGGUGCCCUCCUCACCUCGCCCCCAGCUUUCCGCCUCGCGGCGCGUCGCGCGGGCGGCCUGGCGGGGGGCCCGUGCAUGGACCGCGUGUCGACUCGGAAGGACGACCGCCUCCAGCCCUCGCUGGCGGCGUGCAGGGGGUGGUGCAGAGCCAUGGUCGGAAGGCCCCCCCCUCCGUUCUGGCCCUCCGCACGCCGCCUGCCGGCCCCCGCUCAGGAGUCCAGGGCGUCCGCGCGCCCCCCGCCCCCCUUUGCCUGCAGGGGGCGCGCGCCGCGCGCGUGGUCCGAGCCCUUUUUGGGCCGUUCGCUCGUGGUGUCUCUCCCCGA